UUCAUUUUUCAAAGCAGUGAGAGACGCGCUUUGUCUCUAUUGUGAUCAAACCACACGAGGAGAAGACCUACAGGAACAUAAAGCAGCCGAAACACUGGAAACUUAAAGCAAGAGCAGCAUUUCUCAUUUUAGUCGUGAAGAUCUUUGAAUCCUGUAGCUCACUAACCGCAACUUGGUAUCAGACAACUCACACGUGGGAUAUCGACUACUUCCACCAUGGAACCUGCCAGAUCAGAAAUGAGUAUCCUGCCCAAUGGGAAAGGUCAUGACCUGGGACAGGAAAUGUGCAUGCCGAUGAAGACUAUAAUGGAGGAAGAACAAAACGGUACCCAUCACGGCAGGUUUGAUGAUCCUGACAGCACACUUGCUGAGAACAUUGAGUUCCUGCCCAACGGCGAGGGAAAGAAGCCACGUUUCACUGAUUUUGAGGGGAAGACCUCUUUUGGCAUGUCAGUCUUCAAUUUGGGCAAUGCCAUUAUGGGCAGUGGGAUAUUGGGAUUGGCCUACGCUAUGGCCAAUACUGGCAUACUGCUUUUCUUGUUUCUCCUCACGGCUGUAGCUGGUCUCUCCUGCUAUUCUAUUCACCUCCUGCUGAAGUCCUCAGGUGUUGUGGGAAUCAGAUCUUAUGAACAGCUGGGAUUCAGGGCCUUCGGAAUGACAGGGAAGAUGGCAGCCGGAAUCGCGAUCACUCUUCAAAACAUUGGAGCCAUGUCCAGUUACUUGUACAUCGUCAAGUCAGAGUUCCCACUGGUUCUGCAGGCGUUUUUGAAAGCAGAUACCAAUUCAGGGGAAUGGUAUCUCAAUGGAAACUACUUGGUGGUGCUUGUGUCUCUCUCUGUCAUCCUGCCUUUGGCUCUAAUGAAACAGCUGGGUUACCUUGGUUAUGCCAGUGGUUUUUCGCUCAGCUGCAUGGUCUUCUUCCUCAGUGCAGUCAUCUAUAAGAAGUUCCAGAUUCUGUGCCCAUUCGAGGAGUUUUCAGCCAAUAGCACGCUGGCACACGCUCAUUCAAACGCGACAGCGAACCACGCCCACGGCUACCAUAACGGACAUGUGAUGGUGGACGACUCCCACUGCAGCCCGCAGAUGUUUACCGUCAACACACAUACCGCAUACACCAUCCCCAUUCUGGCCUUCGCUUUCGUCUGCCACCCUGAGGUCCUGCCCAUCUACACUGAGCUGCGCAACCCAACUCAGAGGAAGAUGCAGCACAUUUCCAACAUUUCCAUUCUGAUUAUGUACACUAUGUACUUCCUUGCUGCUCUCUUUGGAUACCUAACAUUUUACACUAAUGUUGAGGCCGAGCUUCUGCACACAUACAGCAGGAUCGACCCCUACGACACUCUCAUCCUCUGUGUGCGUUUGGCUGUGCUCACCGCCGUCACGCUGACUGUGCCCAUCGUUCUGUUCCCAGUGCGAAGAGCCAUUCAAGAGAUGAUAUUCCCUAAUAAGACCUUUAACUGGAUCCGACACGUUGCCAUCGCUGUCGUUCUCCUGACCUUAAUCAAUAUGCUGGUCAUCUUCGCUCCCAACAUCCUGGGCAUCUUUGGCAUCAUUGGUGCAACAUCCGCUCCGUGUCUUAUCUUCAUCUUCCCUGCUGUCUUCUACAUCCGUAUUGUUCCCAAGGAUAAAGAGCCAAUGCGCUCUACUCCUAAAAUCUUUGCUGCCUGUUUUGCUGGACUGGGCGUGUUGUUUAUGAUAAUGAGCUUGAGCUUCAUCAUCAUUGAUUGGACGACAGGCAGCAGCAGUACUCUGGGUGGCCACUAGGAGACAAACUCUGAUGAUUAAUGUGUUUUUGUGUACGUGCCUUGUAUGAGAGUGUGUGGCAUACGUUAGGUUAGUGAUGUAACAUCUCAUUUAUUUCUAUCCAUAUUUUUCUGCCCGUUAUGACACAGUGGAUGCCCUGUCCCACUGUGGGAAGACAAAAGUUGAGGGGGACCCAAAUCAACAUACCAUUUUACACAGAUAGCCUGCUGUCAGAUAAUGGGGAAAACUGCAUUAUUCUAAAAAAAAAAAAAAAAAACUUUUGAUAAAUUCAGAUUGAUGUUUUACAUUUUAAAACCUGUAAAAGUGCUGAUCUUGUCUAUUUGGGCAGAGUUUUUUUUAUUUAUUGAAGGGUUAGUGCAUCCUCACUUACCCUGUAGAAAUAUGCUGUUAUGGCUUCAGUUUGCUUGUCGUUAUUUUUAUUAACUCUCACUCUCUGUUUCAUCAAUCCAGAGCUCUUAUACUUGACACGACUGACUGCAAGUACCGUAGAAACACAUAAUUGCAUUCUUCGAGCUUUCUUUUAAGUGACAGCAAGCUAUAUAUCAGAUUUUUACAUAUUUAAUUCUGCGUAUUACUUUGGACAUUGAACAAGGAUAUUGUAGAGGUUUUGAUUGCUGUCUGGGAGUUGAAUGAAGCGGGCUAGUUUGGUAAAGAUGGAUCAGUAGAUGGUUUACUCUCCAGGGGGCUUUGGACAAUCAACGAGUAACAUUACCACCUAUUUUAGGUAACUUGCAGUGUUUUCGGUCAAGUGAGAGUGCAGUUUAUAUCGCACAAUUUCACUGUGCCAAAGCGAAGGAUUUCUAUAAUCAAACUAUCAUGAAAUAUAUUUUCUGUUUUCCUAAAGUAUGCACAGUAGACAUAGAAUGCAAGGCGUGCCUUAAUCACAUGGAGAUUUGAACAGUGAAAAAUGUAUUUAUUUAAUUGUAUCGAAUAUAUUUUGCAGUUCGGAUGAGUAUUAGUGUAAGAGUAUUAGUGUUAUAGUAUUAACGUGUACAAUGAGUGUCCUUUAUCAUUUUUGUUUGUGUUGUGUUGAAGAUCAUGAUGCCUGCAUACUCAAGGUCAUUUACACAAAUGCUAGAUAUGGACCUCAUAUA